UCGAUUGUUAUUUUUCAAAGGCGACUUCUCCAGGGUUCUUGUGCAAAUUGCUUACGGUUAGCUCGGGCAAAUAUCUCGCGUUCCGUCACGGUGGCAGACGCGAUAGAGAUGAACAGUGUGUACAGAAGACGGAGGAACAGAGGGACAUUAUUAAAAGGAAAACACAUACAAUGGUCGCAAAAGACUCUGACCCUCGAGGACUUCCUCGAAGAUUACGAAAUGCCACAACUGAUUAAAGUUGUUCUCGGUUGGUGCGGUGUCGAUGAAAGUUCGCCAGAUUCGCUUCAAAGCGAUCAGUUGGUGAUUUUUCAUCGUUUCCUUGAACAAGUACGGGUAGUUGCCGAAGAUCAGUUUGGACAACAUCUCAGCAUCACCAGGGAUUACGCAUAUAAAUUCAAGGUACUGGCAGACCAACGAGGAAAAAAAGAUAUUGACAAAUUUUUCACGAUUAGAGAAAUUCUUGAGCGAUUUAAUUUUCCUAUUAGAGUGCAACUUGCAAGAACGAAAUCCGGGGCGGUUGUCAACGCAAUGACUCUAACAGAAUAUCGAGAGCUGAAAGACUUUGGGGUCGUAACCCUUCUGAAGACCCAUACUAUCGGCUAUUUGAUUGGUCACUGCGUGCCUGAGUUCGACUUGAUGGAAUGCGGUGCAUUGGCCGUGUUGCCACUGCCAUUAGAAGUAGACUUGGUGGUGGGAACAAUGCCGAUAGACGGUAAAAACGACAAAUGGUACACAUUCCUGCGAAACUUCAGUAAGGAAAUGGACGAAUCGGUAGAUUUUGAUAUGUUUAUCAAUAAGUUUAACGAUGUAUAUUUAUUGCAGCCGGGAGAAAUCCCACCUGACGAAAGUUUAUAUGACGUCAUAAAACCUACUACCUGUAGUGAAUACGCCGAUUAUAGAGCGAUUCAACAGAGUAGUGGGAAGGGCAGUGGCAGCGGAAUGAGUACGGAUAGCAAAGCCCUCGACAUAACUCCAGAAGCUCCAGAAGUAUCGGCAAAAACUAAUGCGUUUCUUAAGGAACUAUUAGGCACACUCACCAACCCCGAAGACGACCUUCCGGUGGGUCCACCGCCUCCAUUGCUGCCGCGAUCACCAAUAGACAGAAAUCCACCAGAAAUCGGAAAACGACCCCCCAAACCUCCCAAGAGACCGGGCAAAUCGAUCCCAGAAAACGUCAGUCAGAAUAAGCCCCUCACGGUGAAAUCUCAUUUUCAGUAUCCUUCCCCGGCCAAAUUACAAAGCCUCAACGUCCAGGAGGUAUGUCGCUGUCUGGAGGCAUUGAAUCUUGAUCACUACUCGGAUCAUUUCAAAUCUAAUGACAUUGACGGUGAAAUGAUGUGUGCACUGACGCAUUCUAUGCUCGUGAACGAUAUUAAGAUGCGAGACCUGGAUGCCAUGAAAUUAAAAAAGUUCAUCGAAGGGUGGCGUCCUAACCUUGGUUAA